AUGGCGACGCAGAGCGUGUUUGGCUGGGGCCCGCUUGUGGCGUUGGGGCUGAUCGUGCUGAUUGCCUAUGCCACGACGUACUGCCACCAAGUUGGCAAGGCCACGCUCUGGAGCGAUGCCUUGUUUGUGACGUGGGUGACCACGGUGGUCGUCGUGCUGUACAGCUUCUUCAAGUCCAUCUACGUCGGGCCAGGCUUUGUGCCACUGAAAUGGAGACCGAAAGAUGAGGCCAAUAUCGAACGGCUGACAUACUGCCACAUCUGCGAGGGUUACAAGGCACCGCGAUCGCACCACUGCCGACAAUGUGGCCGCUGCGUGAAGGUCCUCGACCACCACUGCCCGUGGAUCAACUCCUGCGUGGGGAACGACAACAAGGUCUACUUCCUCCUCUUCGUCACGUCCGUCCCAAUCGGCUGUGUGUACAGUGCUGUGAAGUGCGUUCUGUUUCUGAUCCGCUACUACCAGACCAUGUUCUCCGUGCAGCACGCGCGCUACUUCGGAUACCGCCUUACACCGGGGCGCUUUGCUUUUGUCAUCUGCGGCGGUGCUGCUGCGCUCGGUGUGGCGUUGGCUGUGGCGAUGCUGGCCGUCAUUCAGAUCAAGAGCAUCCUCAAGAACAAGACGGACAUUGAGGGCUGGAUUGACGACAAGGCGAAGCGGGUGACCAAGAAGAGCAAGACGCCGUUCAUCUUCCCCUAUGAUCUGGGAUGGCGCAACAAUAUCAAGGAGGUGAUGCGGCAGUCAGUGCGACGCGAUGGCAUCAACUGGGCCGUCCGUGAAGGCUGCACCAACUAUGACAUGAGCCAAGCGCAGCUGUGGCAAAAGCGCACCCAUGCGCAGUACCGCUACACCUUCAAAGUCAAAACGCGGCCUGGCCGAUGGGGGUGGCGCAUGGGCUGGCGUAUUCUCUGCUCCUGCCCCUGGACACAGGCCACCAUCGACCUCCAGCCUGGUGAUUUGAUGCACGCUUGGCGACAGCGUGGCAAGUGGUAUUGCGGCGAAAAGGUGCGGGUUGAGAAUGGAAUGAUCCGCACAGUGUACCCCUUGCAUCGAGGGUGGUUCCCGAUUGCCGCUGUGGAGGAAGUGGACCUGCAGCUGCCGUACGACUACCGCGGAGAUGGCCUGUUCCUCCAGCCCCCUCCCACCGCAAACGAUGAUGACGACAACAGCGAAGGAGGCGACGACGAAGCAGAGCAAGACGAGCAAGGAAAGGAAGCGGCACAGGGCCAGCAACCGCGACAGCGUCGCGCGAAUGGCCAAGACAAACAACAGAAGCAGCCCCAGAAGCAGCCCCAGAAGCAGCAGCAGACGCAGCAGCAGCAGAACCGACACCAGCACCAGGCGCAGAAGCAGAAGGAAAACAAGAAGCGCAAGUGA